AUGCAGAGAGGAUCUGCAGACCUAGCCAUUGCCUCCGACCAGAUCCUGCUGGUACACUUGAUCUGGAAAUUUCCAAGGGCAACAAUAAAACGCUCUCCUGGAGGAGUCUUACUCUGGCUCUCAACCACCGACCAAUCCGAGCAUAGAAUCCGGCCUUUGAAUCUCGACUCACGCGGACCGCAACUUUCAAUUGCCAUGGUGAAUGCUUGCUUGUGGUUUGUCAAAAUUAUAGAUGUCUGUCAGGAGACGUUGCGGAAGUUGAUCACCGAUGAGCAUCAAGGUAUAUCCUUCUCAAUUCUUCUAUAAAUGUAUGCUAAUGAAUUCUACAGACUCAUCAAAUCACAAGCGAUCUCAAUUGCCAUGUAGCCAUCCAAGACUACUUUGAGACUCAGCAUUUUCAACUUGGGCUCCUGGUUACCACAGCAUCACCUUAUUUGAGGUCCAUAUGCCUUCCCAACAGGCGGACUUUCCUCACACAAUCUAAAUUAUACCUUUCCUGUUUGAGUUGCGACCUGCAAUUCUUUCAAGAAAAAUCACGAGAUACGAAUUCCUCUCAACAUGAGGUUACUUGGCUUAGGAACAAUCACGAAAGUAAUGAACAAUCUCCAUUUUGUCACCUUGUUCUACGCAAUUACAGCACCACCUUUCCCAUGUGACGAGCGACGUGAGAACAAGCAGAUCUGACUUUGACGACUUGGGAGUUUUUUUUACCAGGUUUUCUUACCUUUCACGCAUGACUGUUCCUUUUCCGAUAUUCUUUUCUUCGUUAGGGCACAACUCCCAAAUCUUCAGCAGGUAGACUGGUGGGCUAUCCUGCACUGACAAUGCAUUCCACUUAGUCGGGAGUAUGGAAUGGCCAUUUCUUCUUCAGAGCUGAUGCCCUCGACGGUGCGAGCUCGUCCGUUGGCUUUGGAAAUGGCAAUUCUUUAUGCUUCUCAUAGUCUUUAGGGGCGUGGGGAGGAUUUUACAUUGACAAUUGGGG